UUUUAACUUCCGGGUUCUGCGUGAAGCGUCAUCAUCGACUCUGUUUACUUCCAGCGUGUUCUCACCCACUUCUAAGCUUUUGUUGCAGCGUUUUUAGAGCUGAACAAGUGUUCUUGUGUGUUUGUUUCGACAUGUUUCACCUGCCUGUGCUGAGAAACAGGCGCACACUUCUGGAGAGGGCGGAGAAGUUUAUCUCUGGUGUUUAUUUCACUGACUGCAACCUGAGAGGACGGCUUUAUGGAGAAUCGUGUCCCUUGGAAACCAUCGACUCCUUCCUGUCCCCUAACAGAAUCACAUUCAGUGAAGCCUCUCAGCAGAACUUUGACCCUUAUCAUAUCGGUGACACCUUUGGACCAACGUGGUGGACUUGCUGGUUUAAAGUGUCCAUGACGAUCCCUGAAUCCUGGAGAGGGAAAGAGGUUCAUCUUCUCUUUGAAAGUGAUGGGGAGGCGAUGGUCUGGAGAGAUGGGCAGCCAGUUCAGGGGCUGACUAAGGAGGGUGAAAAGACGAGUUACAUACUAUCUGAGUGUCUGAAAGACGAAGAGCCCCACAGAUUAACCCUGUAUGUAGAAAUGGCCUGUAACGGUCUGUUUGGAGCUGGUCAAGGGUCCAUGAUCGCAGCUCCAGACCCAAACAGGAAGUUCUCUGUCCACAAGACAGAGUUGGUGAUCUUCAACAGGAAUGUACAGAAGCUGCUGACUGAGUUCGAGAUGCUUGUUGACAUUGUUAAGGAGCUUGGAGAAGGAGAACAGAGAGGCUACCAGGCUCUUUUUACUGCCAAUGAGAUGGUGAACCUCUGUGACCCCUCUGACCCCAGCUCCUUCUCUAAAGCCCACAGUCUGGCUCACAAGUUCUUCAGCCAGCACAACGGAGAAAGUCAGCACACUGUCCACGCAAUGGGUCACUGCCACAUAGACUCAGCCUGGCUGUGGCCCUACGAAGAGACGAUUCGUAAAUGCGGUCGAAGUUGGGUGACGGCGGUCAGUUUAAUGGAGAAAGAUCCAGAGUUUGUCUUCACCUGCUCUCAGGCCCAGCAGUUUGAGUGGGUAAAGAACUGGUACCCGGGACUCUUCACCAAGAUUCAGCAUUAUGUCAAAAGAGGCCAAUUUAUUCCAGUUGGAGGAACAUGGGUGGAAAUGGAUGGAAACCUGCCUUCAGGCGAGUCCAUGGUGCGUCAGUUCCUGCAGGGCCAGCGCUUUUUUAACCAAGAGUUUGGGAUGCUGUGCAAAGAGUUCUGGCUUCCCGAUACAUUUGGCUACUCUGCCCAGCUGCCUCAGAUCAUGCAGGGAUGUGGCAUUUCUAACUUCCUGACACAGAAACUUAGCUGGAAUCUGGUCAACACCUUUCCUCACAACACAUUUUUCUGGGAAGGUCUGGACGGCUCCAAAGUUUUGACUCACUUCCCACCUGGAAAUUCCUACGAAAUGAAAGGCAAGGUUGAAGACCUUGUGAAAACUGUGAAGAAUAACAAAGAUAAAGGCAGAGCCAAUCACAGCGCAGCGUUGUUUGGCUUUGGGGAUGGUGGUGGUGGGCCCACACAGCUGAUGCUGGACAGACUUCACCUCAUCAAGGACACAGAUGGGCUUCCCAGAGUCCAGAUGUCCAGCCCUGACAAGCUUUUCUCACAGCUUCAGGCUGACUCAGCUCUGCUGUGCACGUGGACCGGAGAGCUUUUCCUGGAGCUGCACAACGGCACCUACACCACACAGGCACAGAUAAAAAGGGAAAACCGUCAGUGUGAAGUUUUGCUUCACGAUGUGGAGGUCGCCAGCAGUUUGGCCUUGUGUCAAAACCAGACGUUUGUGUAUCCUGUGGCUAAACUGCAGCAGCUGUGGAGAUUGCUCCUUCUGAACCAGUUCCAUGAUGUGAUUCCUGGCAGCUGCAUUGGAAUGGUUGUGGAGGAUGCUCUUAAUUAUUACAGAGAGAUCCACGGUGACGGAGCUGCACUUCUGCAAGAGGCUUGUGAGGCUUUGGGGUCAAAGGGUGGCUCCACUGGUGUGUUCAACUCUCUUCCAUGGGAGCGCCAUGAAGUCAUACAGAUUACAGAUGACUCAGAGAAACCUCGUCUGGCUCUGGUGAGAGCUCCCAGCGUCGGAGUAUCUCUGGUGAAAGAAACCCAACCCCUGACUCCUGUCUCUGUCACACUUCAGGCUGAUGGUGCUGUCGUCAUGGAGAAUGGAAUUCUACAGACCAUCGUAAGAAAAGAUGGCACUCUGACUUCUCUGAGAGUGAUCAGUGCCAACAGAGAAACCAUCUCUGAUGGUUGUGCUGGAAACCAGUUUGUCAUAUUUGAUGAUGUCCCUCUGUACUGGGAUGCCUGGGAUGUGAUGGAUUACCAUCUUCAGACGAGGAAGCCUGUGGUGGAGGUGGUGCAGCCGGUUCAGGUGGUGUCCUCAGGUGGGCUUCGGGGCAGCGUCAGCUUUGCCCUCAGGAUCAGUGAUAAAAGCACGGUCACACAAGAGAUCGUCAUGGAUGCUGUGUGUCCUUACAUCAAAUUCAACACAAAGGUGCAGUGGGCGGAGUCACACAAGUUUCUCAAGGUGGAGUUUCCUGUGCGAGUGCGCAGCCCGAAUGCGACAUACGAGAUCCAGUUUGGCCAUCUGCAGCGACCCACUCACUGGAACACAUCAUGGGACUGGGCCAGGUUUGAGGUUUGGGCUCACAAAUGGGCAGACCUAUCUGAGCACAACUUUGGAGUUGCACUUCUGAAUGACUCCAAAUACGGUUACUCCAUCCACAGGAACACAAUGACCCUGUCCUUGCUGAGAGCACCUAAGGCCCCAGAUGCUGUUGCAGACAUGGGGACUCAUCAGUUCACAUACGCCAUCAUGCCACACACAAACUCUUUCCAAGAUGCAUCUGUUAUCCAGUGCUCCUACAACCUGAACUUCCCACUGAGGCUGAUCCAAUGCCAUCCUGACUCUGAACCCUGGAGCGCCUUCUCAGUCAGCCCUCCUUCAGUCAUACUUGAGACCAUUAAACAGGCCGAGGAUGGGAAGGGGACACUUGUAGUGCGUCUGUAUGAGUCACAUGGGGGCAGCGUCACUGCUACACUCAACACCAACCUUCCAGUCAAGGAAGCCUGGCAUUGUGACCUCUUGGAGAGGCGUGACCCGGCCCGGCCAGCUCUUAUUACCCCGGAGGGAAUCUCUCUGACCUUCAAACCUUUUCAAAUUGUGACACUUCAACUCAUUUUGUGAUUUCAAGUAAUUAGGAGUUGGAAUAUUGAUAAGAACUUCUGGCUAACAGUAAAGUGAUUACACCUUUUUUGUACCAGGUUUUGAAAAACAAAAAACUUUAUUAAUAGAUUUCAAGUAUAAAAGUACAAAAGUAUUUCAUAAAGUGGCGUCUCCUUUUGGUUUUCAUUUGCUGUUCUUUCUGGUCACCCUCCCUGUUCGACUUUGUUCUCCUGCAACAAGGAAAGAAGAAUAUUUUCCCCCCCCCGGCGUUUGGUUUACCUGAAAAACGUUUAAGGAUUCAGAAAUAUUCUUACCAGAAGUUUUGUCUGUGUUGUUGCUUUUCCUCUUACGUGAUUUAGGUCUCGUUUCACUCUGCUGCAUCACUUCCUGAGUCUUUCCUCUCUUUGAUGUCACUUCCUUUGAACGUGCAUUCCCCUCUCUCUUUGGCGUUUCUCUUUUGACCACCCUUUGUUUCUUUGUUGUGCUUUCACAGCGACUUUCCGCUGCCUAAACAAAUCAAACAGCGUUAGCUGCAACUUCUCAGUUUGCUUCCAGGCAACAAUUUAACUUGCCUUUUCCUUCUCUGUGUAAUCGUGGUCAUCCUCUUUCUUUACCCUCUUCUUGGGUUUGGGUGACUUUGAACCUUUAUAAAUAAAGUCAGAUUUGUAUGUAAGUUUCA